GGGGCAACCCUGGAAUUUACCACAUCUGUAGAAAGAGCUAAGGCUUAAUGCCUCUCUUAUUAGAGACCUAGGUUUUUAUUCACCUGGCUCAUUUUUUCAUCUUAUAUCGAGUUAGUUUCUGUGGCUCAGCGUCUCUCACAGGGUUUUGGCAUUUGCGUAGCAGUUUACUCACGCUUUGGGAGUACGGAAUGAAGCUGUUUUAACUAUUGGAUUCUUGCUGCUCAUCAGGUUAUUGAUUAUUCUGGCUUGAGCUGUUAUUGGGCCUAGAGAAGAUGGCAAAGAAGAAGAACCCGUUGGUAUUUAUUGAUGUGUCUAUUGAUGGGGAUCCUUUUGAAAGGAUGGUUUUUGAGCUUUUCUAUGAUAUUGCUCCAAAAACGGCAGAAAACUUCCGUGCCCUUUGUACUGGGGAGAAGGGGAUUGGUCCUAAAACUGGAAGACCAUUGCAUUAUAAGGGUUCCUUUUUCCAUUGCAUCAUUAGAGGUUCCAUGGCUCAGGACACAGGGCUGAUGGUCACGACUGCUUUUCUUGUGAUGUAGUUUUAAGGGUGGUGAUUUUGUUAAACGAGAUGGGACCGGUGGAGAGAGCAUAUAUGGGGACAAGUUUCCUGAUGAGACUUCAAGGCUUAAGCAUGACAGCCCUGGUCUUCUUUCAAUGCCUAUUGCUGAUCGCGAGACCCUAGGUUCCCAAUUUAUUAUCACCUUUAAGGCUAAUCACCAUCUUGACAGGAAGUAUGUGGUCUUUGGCAAGCUUGUGCAAGGAGAUGAAGUGCUGAAAAAAAUUGAAAGUGCAGGCGACGAGGAAGGGAGACCAAUGGUGACAGUGAAAAUAAUUAAUAGUGGUGAAUUUAAGGAGGGUGCAGACAAGAAAAAAGUACAUAAACUGAAAACAGGAAAGGAUGCAUUGUCUGAUUCAGACAGUUAUGAAGCGCGGAAGAAGGGAAAGCAUAAGAAAUCUGCAAGAGACAGAAAGAAGAGGAGAAGAAGAUACCAUUUAUCUGAGUCGGAAACUUCAUCUGAUUCUGAGACAGAAUCAUCCGAGUCUGAUAGUGAGUCUGACUCCUCUAUGUCCUCCUCAUCUGACGUGAGUUCUUCAAGUGAUGAUAGGCGUAAGAAAAGAAAGAGGUCUUCUAAAAGAGACAAGUAUAGACGUGGAAAAAGAAGAGAUAAGCGGCGCGAGAAAAGGCGAAAGAGGCGAGAUAGAAGAUCCAAACGCAGAUCAAGAAGGGCAUCUGAUAGUCUUACUGACGAUGACAGUGAGAGCGAAAGCAGCUCUGAUGAUGAUGGUUUGGAUGUUCAUGCAAAAGGUCGAAGGCGUAAAGACCCUGCCAUGAAAACUGCUGAGGAUCAGUCACCUAUGGUUUUGGAGGAAGAAGCUGGUUCUCUUCCCCAUAAAACAAGGGAGGAACCUGAUGUGCUUGGAAAGGAAGAUGGAAGAUCCCCUAAAGAAAAUGGAGGGCGACGGAGCAAUGGUAUUGGAGCAGAUGCUACUUCUGACAGAAGUGAAGAUAGACAACCUGAUGUUGUAGAUGAUCACCCAGGCAAAUCUAGGAGCCGAAGCAUUAGUCCCAAGAGGACCAUGAGUAAGAGUAUGAGUAUUAGUCCCAGGAGGGCUAUGAGCAAGAGUCCAAGUGUUGGUUUGAAGAGAAGCAUGAGCAGGAGUCACAGUGCUAGUAGGAGUCCUCCACGUGUCUCACGAAGGAGGAGUUUCAGCAAAAGUCCUGCUAGAAGUGGUAGCAGCAGGAGUCCAGCUCGAAGUGUCAGCAGGAGUCCAAUUAGAGGCAAAAAGGCUAGAAGCAUUAGCAAGAGCCCUGGGCGAUCUCGUUCUCCAAGAAGCAGAAUCAGGAGCCCCAUAAGAUCCCCACCUCAAAGAAGCAAGAGCAGGAGUCCACCUAGAGCUUUGUCACGAAAAUCAGUUAGCAGAAGCCCAGUUAGAUCUUUUCGCAGAGGAUUUAGCAGAAGCCCUGUCAGAUCUUAUCGAAGAAGCACUAGCAGAAGCCCAGUUAGAUCCUCUCGGAGAAGCAUUAGUAGAAGCUCAGGUAGGGUUCCUUCAAGGAGAAGCGCUAGUAGAAGUCCUGCCAGGGCUCCAAGCAGGAACAAUCGUCGUAGCUAUUCAAGGAGCAAUAGCCCUGUCAGGGUGCGAUCUCCACCUUCUGAUCGAAGAAGUUUGUCAAGAAGUGUUUCUCCUGAUGGAUCUCCUAAGCGUAUCAGAAGAGGUCGUGGUUUCAGUCAACGGUACUCGUAUGCUCGGCGAUACAGAACCCCCUCUCCAGAUCGUUCUCCUGUUAGAUCAUACCGAUAUGGCAGCAGAAGUGACCGUGACAGAUAUUCAAGUUACAGGAGGUAUUCACCAAGGCGGUACAGGAGUCCGCCACGAGGAAGAACUACUCCCAGAUAUAGGGGCAGGAGAAGCAGAACAAGGAGUCCAUCUGUUUCGCGAAGUCCUCGCUCCCGUAACCGUCGCUAUACUCCCAGUCGCAGCCGCUCCCCUGUUGGUGCACCUAGGUCUCGUGCCUCUCCACGUGUUGAGAGGCGGAGGUCUCCUUCUCGAAGCCGGAGUCCAUCAGUAUCACGGUCCUCAUUGGACUCUCCAUCUCCCAAACGAGCAAGAUCAAGGUCGUCAUCGGGAAGUCCUGGUGGGAAGAGGGGCCUGGUGUCAUAUGAUGAUGGUUCUCCUGAUUCUGGCCAGAGGUGAAAAGUGGAUGUAGUAGAGGGAUAAUAUGAUAUUUGUCAGGACUAGCUUUCACCUUUGAUAGAUAUUCAUAACUUGAGUUUCCUGAUGAAGCUGUCUUGCGGUUUUUGCCAACUGGACAUCAAUUGUUGUUUUGGUUGUUUUUGCUAGAGGCUCUGUAGUUUCUUCUGAUUCUCACAGUAUGAUUUAGAGUAAUUGUUGUGUUACGAGGAUGUUACUUCAGUAAUAAAAAUGUUGCAUGACUCAGUGUUAGGACAUGGAUGACUGCUUCUGGUUUUGUCUGCUUGGGAUGCUUGGCUCAAAACCUGGGUUGAUAUGUUAAGUUAACGUGAAGAGGAAUUAGUUCAUGGAAGGUGCUGGAAUUUUAUGAAUCUAACACUCUUUGGUAUAAAUUUCUUUAAAACAUUUGAGGAAGAA